CGACUUCAUCGUCAAUUCUGAACUUCCGGAGGUUAUUUCCAAGAAGAUUGGGCAUAGGAAGCUCGAAGUUGAUAGGGGUGACCGUACGUUGAACGUUCGUUGAGGUGUAUUAUUAUCUUUCUAUCUUUCCGACCUCUACGAUAUCAAGUUAAUUGGGUUAUUCGAGUUGGAGUGUUACAGAAAAUUUCAGACACUAGAAAAAAGCAUUCUCCAAACCUUACUUGACACCUUAAGGGGAAGGAGUGACGAAGGGAAGGAAGAAGAUGGGAAGGAAGAAGAUGAGCUGGUGGCAGUGAAUAUGGUCGACCCCUCCAAUUUUGAAGGAAUUCCUGAAACCAAGUUUGAGAAAGAGGAAGAUCAUGUUUCCAAUGGUCAGGAUGACGAAGAGGGUGACCAAUCUAACCUUAAUGAAGAGGAGGAAAUAAAGGAUGGGAAGGAAGACGAUGGGAAGGAAGAAGAUGAGCUGGUGGCAGUGAAUAUGGUCGACCCCUCCAAUUUUGAAGGAAUUCCUGAAGAGAAAGAGGAUGAUCAUGUUUCCAAUGGUCAGGGUGACGAAGAGGGUGACCAAUAUAACCUUAAUGAAGAGGAAGAAAUAAAGGAUGGGAGUCCACCGAUCCAGCAUUAUAUUUCCAAUGGUCAAGAAGAAGAGGAAGAAAAGUUUACAGUUCAUGGAGAGGCCCUAGAAGAUGAGAUGACAAUAAGUGAUAAAAUUGUCCAUGAUGUUGUUGAAUUCUACAAAUCAACUGAAAACAAUGUUGAUGAGGAAUUGGGUCGAGGCCUCCGGGAGAAGAAACGAAGUAUUCAUAUAUCGAGCCCCUACUUCGCCAAUGUACAUAAAAAGAUAAAAGGAGAGUCUCACGGGAUUGUGAAGAAGUGGUGGAGUUCCUUGAUCAAGGCUGGCGGCUGGUUGGAGACCUUGCAUAUGGAAGAAAUCAUGAUCUACUUCAUGCAAAUGUAUAACAAGAAAGAUAGCACAUAUGCCAUCCUCCUAGAGUGCUUCCAAAUGUUAAGUGAGGUCAAUGUCACUACUGAUUUUCCAAUCCUGGGCUCCGGCGUCACGCAAAUAGUUGAGGGUAGAUGGAACACAUGCUCUAAACCGUGGAAGGAUAUUUCGUGUGUUUAUUGGCUUCAUAACAUAUUUGAUCAUUGGGUCGCCAUAAGAGCUGAAUUCGAUAGAAAGUGUAUGGUGGUGUUCGAUUCCCUACAACGAAUUACAACCAUGAGUAAACUUGAAGAAGUACUGUCAAGGAUGCUCAAAGUUUUUCCUGUGAUAUGCCAUUAUGCAUCCACUUUUCUUCAAGUGAGAAAUACAUUCUUGGACUCGCCACUUGAGCUCAAAGCCUCAGCCAUGUCAGUGGAACAUGACUUGGGUGAUUAUGGGAAACACCAAUUCAAAGGCGGACAGAAGGAGGCGCACAAUGUUAUCCCCAAGGAGUCGUAUUUGGAGUUGCCAAGGUCUUUUUGCACUGACAACGGAAUUUCUGAGGGCAAAAUGAAGAUUCAGAUGUUCGGCCCGGCAAUGUCUCCCAAUGAAGGCACUAUGUUUCUUGCUGAUCUGAAGAUGGCGACAAACAAGUUCAACAAUGAUUUGAUAGAUUCCAAGACUCGGAAGAAAGUGCCGAACGUUGUGUACAGAUGGAAGUGUCGGAGCAACCAGAUUAUCACCGCGAAGCUGUUCUCGAAAUAGUAUUGGCCCAACCUGUAGUAGUUUGGGGUAUAUAGACGGUGGUGAGAUGUAAAUGUACAGAGCAUUUUUAUUAUUAUUUUAUCAAUUUUUUUAGUUUGAAUUAUACAUUAAAGUAUUUCACCUUAAAUAAAUUUCCUUAAACAAUGAUUUUUGGUACUGUAUUUGUUUAAAAAAAUAUAUUUCAAUCUUUAUUAACUUUAGUUGUUGAGAUCCCUCUUUAUCCACUGUAUUUGUUUCUUUGUUAUUUUUUAAUUAUGUUUUUAUUUUAAAGAAUUUGUUUUCGGUAUGUGCACAUCUACAAAGGAUGUGGAUCACUACAAAGAAAAAGGGCAGUACCGA